GUACCGGCACCGGCACCGCUCCAAUUCACCCGGCACCGGCUCCAAUCCCCCCGGCACCGGCACCGGCACCGCUCCCACUCCACCGGCACCGGCACCGCUCCAACCCUUUUCCUGCUCCGGCACCAGCACCGGCACCUCUUCAGCUCUCCCGUGCUCCGGACCUCUCCAAGCCUCUCCUGCUCCGGCACCGGCUCCAGCGUCCGCCCCGCUCCGGUGCCGGUCCCGCUCCAGCCGCUCUCCGGCGCCGGUCCCGCCCGGUGCCGGUCCCGCUCCGGUGCCGGCCCCGCUCCGCUCGCAGCCCGGCCCCGUUCCCGGAGCGGCCCCGCGGCUCCCGCAGCACCGCCCCUGCUGUGCCCCGCAGGAAGGAGGAAGGGACACGGCAGGAGGGAGGGAGAGCGACCUGCUCGGCGCCCGGGCUCUGCCAUCCCUGGCAGCUCGAGGGAAGAUGAACAAGAUGAAAAACUUCAAGAGGAGAUUUUCGCUCUCGGUGCCACGCACGGAGACCAUCGAGGAGUCCCUGACGGAGUUCACGGAGCAGUUCAACCAGCUCAACAACCAGAGGAACGAAGACCUGGCUCAGGGGCACCUGCAGCUGGCACAGCUGGGCAGGGAAGUGGCAGCUGACGGCAGCCCCGUGUCCCCGCCGGAGGGACAGGGCCGGUCCCCGGUGGCCGCCGUGCGCUACCGCAACCACGGCCAGCGCCGCUGCUCCAUGGAGGACGUCAGCAGGCGCCUCUCGCUGCCCAUGGACAUCCGGCUGCCUCCCGAGUUCCUGCAGAAGCUGCAGAUGGAGAGCCUGGAGCUGCCCAAGCCCCUGAGCAGGAUGUCCCGCCGGGCCUCCCUUUCAGAUAUUGGCUUUGGGAAGCUGGAAACCUACAUUAAACUGGACAAACUGGGAGAGGGCACCUACGCCACGGUGUUCAAGGGCCGCAGCAAGCUGACAGAGAACCUGGUGGCGCUCAAGGAGAUCCGCCUGGAGCACGAGGAGGGCGCUCCUUGCACGGCCAUCCGGGAAGUGUCGCUGCUCAAGAACCUCAAGCACGCCAACAUCGUCACCCUGCACGACAUCAUCCACACCGAGCGCUGCCUCACCCUCGUCUUCGAGUACCUGGACAACGACCUCAAGCAGUACCUGGAGAACUGCGGGAACCUGAUGAGCGUGCACAAUGUGAAGAUCUUCAUGUUCCAGCUGCUCCGUGGCCUGGCUUAUUGCCACGGCAGGAAAAUCCUGCACCGAGACCUCAAACCCCAGAACCUGCUCAUCAACGAGCGAGGGGAGCUCAAGCUGGCUGAUUUUGGAUUAGCCAGGGCCAAGUCUGUCCCCACAAAAACCUAUUCCAACGAGGUGGUGACGCUCUGGUACCGGCCCCCCGAUGUCCUGCUGGGCUCCACCGAGUACUCCACGCCCAUCGACAUGUGGGGCGUCGGCUGCAUCCACUACGAGAUGGUGACGGGCCGGCCGAUGUUCCCCGGCUCCACGGUGAAGGAGGAGCUGCACCUCAUCUUCCGCCUGCUGGGAACCCCCACGGAGGACACCUGGCCUGGCAUAACGUCCAACGAGGAGUUCAAGGCUUACAACUUCAGCCAGUACCGAGCCCAGCCCCUGAUCAACCACGCCCCAAGGCUGGACUCGGAAGGCGUCGAUCUGCUGACAAAUCUGCUGCUGUACAGAGCCAAGGGCCGGAUCUCAGCCCAGGCAGCCCUGCAGCACCCCUACUUCAGGAGCCUGGGGGAGCGGGUGCACCUCCUGCCUGACACCGCCUCCAUCUUCUCCCUGAAGGAGAUCCAGCUCCAGAGGGACCCCGGCCACCGGGGCUCGGCCUUCCCGCACUCAGCCCGCGGCAAGAACAGGAGGCAGAGCAUCUUUUAAACUGGGAUCUGGCGUCGCCCUGGUUGCCAUGGAGACGGCAGCGCUGGGAAAGGAGCGGCUCCCACCCGAGCCUGGGCACAGCCCCCGGCCCCAGCAGCGCCCAAACCCCCCCGGCACGGAGCUGGGGCCGUGUCCCCCCCUCGUUUGGGGUUGUCCCCUCUGAGAGCAGCCCCAGGGAGGAGCUGCCGACCC